CUCCGGCCGCAGGCGGCGGGGUGGCGGAGUCGCCGCAUCUCCAUCCUCCGGCGGGCUGGUCCCGGUUCUCCUUCUCGGGGACGCCCGGGUCACUGAGCCCCACGGCCUCGCUCGCCUCCUGGAAGCUGCCGGGCUCGGGGCCGCGCUCUUCCCAGACGCAGCCCGGCUGCUCCUGCGUGCGGGGUGGCGGUCUCCGGGGACUGUCGCUGAGCUCAUCCCCGCGGGGUCACAGCUCUGCUUCCCGCCGCACUCUGCGGACCUGACUUUGGGCAACUUAGGACUAGCAUAGUCUGAAAUGGAUGUUACAUGAAUCACUUUAAGGGCUGCACACAACUAUGAACGUUUUGAAGCCUUUUUCUCAGUAAAGUAGAUCAAGAUGGAUGAGUCUGCCCUGUUGGAUCUCCUGGAGUGCCCCGUGUGUCUAGAACGCCUGGAUGCUUCUGCAAAGGUCUUACCUUGCCAACAUACGUUUUGCAAACGAUGUUUGCUGGGGAUUGUGGGUUCCCGGAAUGAACUCAGAUGUCCUGAGUGCAGGACUCUGGUUGGCUCUGGUGUGGAGGAGCUUCCCAGUAACAUCCUACUGGUCAGACUUCUGGAUGGCAUCAAGCAGAGGCCUUGGAAACCUGGCCCUGGUGGGGGCAGUGGGACCAACUGCUCAAAUGCAUUAAGGGCUCAGGGCAGCACUGUGGCUAACUGUAACUCAAAAGACCUGCAGAGCUCCCAGGGUGGACAGCAGCCUCGCGUGCAAGCCUGGAGCCCCCCAGUAAGGGGAAGGUCUUUCUACAUAGCCCAGGCUGGUUUGGAACUUGCACGAGUGCGCCUGUCUCAGCCUCCCGAGUGCCUGGAUUACAAGAGUGAGCUACAACACUCAGUUCUGAAUCCGGUUUUAAUUCAGGGUAUACCUCAGUUACCAUGUGCCAAAGCAUUAUAUAACUACGAAGGAAAAGAGCCUGGAGACCUUAAGUUCAGCAAAGGGGACAUCAUUAUUUUGCGAAGACAAGUAGAUGAAAAUUGGUACCACGGGGAAGUCAACGGGGUCCAUGGCUUUUUCCCUACCAACUUUGUGCAGAUCAUCAAACCAUUACCUCAGCCCCCUCCUCAGUGCAAAGCACUUUAUGACUUUGAAGUGAAAGACAAGGAAGCAGACAAAGACUGCCUUCCAUUUGCAAAGGAUGAUGUGCUGACUGUGAUCCGCAGAGUGGAUGAAAACUGGGCUGAGGGAAUGCUGGCAGAUAAAAUAGGAAUAUUUCCAAUUUCAUAUGUUGAGUUUAACUCAGCUGCCAAGCAGCUGAUAGAGUGGGACAAGCCUUCCACAGCAGGAGUUGACUCUGCAGAAUGUACCUCAGUGGCAGCCCAGAGCAGCGCUGCCCCAAAGCACUCCGACACCAAGAAGAACACCAGGAAGCGACACUCCUUCACUUCCCUCACCAUGGCGAACAAGUCCUCCCAGGCAUCCCAGAACCGCCACUCAAUGGAGAUCAGCCCCCCUGUGCUCAUCAGCUCCAGCAACCCCACGGCUGCCGCCCGCAUCAGCGAGCUGUCCGGCCUCUCCUGCAGCGCUCCUUCUCAGGUUCAUAUAAGCACCACCGGGUUAAUUGUGACUCCACCCCCAAGCAGCCCAGUGACAACUGGCCCAUCUUUCACAUUCCCAUCAGAUGUCCCCUACCAAGCUGCCCUUGCAACUAUGAAUCCUCCUCUCCCUCCACCCCCUCUCAUGGCUGCCACUGUCCUCGCCUCCACACCGUCAGGCACUACUACUGCUGCUGCUGUUGCUGCUGCUGCUACUGGAAUGGGACCCAGGCCCAUGGCGGGAUCUACUGACCAGAUCACACAUUUACGGCCUCAGACUCGCCCCAGUGUGUAUGUUGCCAUAUACCCGUACACUCCCCGGAAGGAGGAUGAGCUAGAGCUGAGAAAAGGGGAGAUGUUUUUGGUGUUUGAGCGUUGCCAGGAUGGCUGGUUCAAAGGGACAUCCAUGCACACCAGCAAGAUUGGGGUUUUCCCUGGCAAUUAUGUGGCACCAGUCACGAGGGCAGUGACAAAUGCUUCCCAAGCUAAAGUCCCUAUGUCUACUGCGGGUCAGACAAGUCGGGGGGUGACAAUGGUCAGUCCUUCUACUGCUGGAGGGCAUACCCAGAAGCUCCAAGGAAAUGGUGUGGUCGGAAAUCCCAGUGUUGUCCCCACAGCUGUGGUGUCAGCCGCUCACAUCCAGACAAGUCCUCAGGCAAAGGUCCUGCUACACAUGACUGGUCAAAUGACAGUCAACCAGGCCCGCAAUGCUGUGAGAACAGUUGCAGCACAUAACCAAGAACGCCCCACGGCAGCAGUGACACCCAUCCAAGUACAGAAUGCCGCCUGCCUGGGACCUGCAUCUGUGGGCCUGCCCCAUCACUCAUUGGCUUCCCAACCUCUGCCUCCAAUGGCAGGCUCUGCUGCCCAUGUUGCUGCCGUCAGUAUCAGUCGGACCAAUGUUCCCCUGGCUUGCCCUGGAGCUGCAUCAUUGACCUCCCCAAACAUGACUGCUGCCACUCUGGAGACCGAGCCUGGUGGCCGGACAGUGACCAUCCUCCCUGGACUCCCCACAUCUCCUGACAAUUCUGCAUCAGCUUGUGGGAACAGUUCAGCAAUCAAACUAGACAAGGACAUCAAAAAAGAAAAAAAGGGUUUGCUGAAGUUGCUCUCUGGAGCCUCCACCAAACGCAAGCCCCGAGUGUCCCCUCCGGCGUCACCCACCCUGGACGUGGAGCUGGGCCCAGGUGAGCUGCCCCUGCAAGGAGCGGUGGGUCCCGAGCUGCCGCUAGGGGGCGGCCACGGCAGGGCGGGCUCCUGCCCUGCAGAUGGGGAUGGCCCUGUGGUCACCGGGGCAGCCGGAGCAGCCUUGGCCCAGGAUGCUUUCCACCGCAAGACCAGCUCCCUGGACUCCGCAGUGCCCAUCGCUCCACCGCCGCGGCAGGCCUGCUCCUCUCUGGGUCCUGUGAUGAAUGAGGCCAGACCUGUUGUUUGUGAAAGGCACAGGGUGGUGGUUUCCUAUCCUCCUCAGAGUGAGGCAGAACUUGAACUUAAAGAAGGAGAUAUUGUGUUUGUUCAUAAAAAACGCGAGGAUGGCUGGUUCAAAGGCACAUUACAACGUAAUGGGAAAACUGGCCUUUUCCCAGGAAGUUUUGUGGAAAACAUCUGAGGAGACCUAACACUGAGAAAGCUUAAAAUCACAUCACACAACAAAAUAGCACAAAGAAACUUCUUGGAAAGAGCACAUCUGUGGACGUCCAGACCAUCGGGAGCUGAGCAGUGGAUGGGCAUGUGACUGCAGAGCACCCCCAACGUGGCUACCCCAGCAAACAGAGUGAAAAGGGUGUCUGUGUGGGUUUCGCCACUCUGGGUUCUGAUAUGUAGGGUGUGCCUUGAACUGUCUCAUGUACUAUAUAGAGAAGUCUUUUUUUUUUUUAAAGAUGUAUAACUAAGAUGGACAAUUGUUUACAAGGCUUAACUAAUUUAUUUGCUUUUUGUAAAACUUGAACAUUUCUUGUAAUAGUAAAUUCUUUGGAUUAUGAUUUUAAGAAAUUAUUAAUUUAUGAAAUGAUCGCUAAGGAGAAGCUGGAUUCUCUCCUGUUGAGAGCAAGAGAGUCUUUUUGACAUAGAAUGCAUCUUCCCCACCCCCCUGCUCACUGGCCCCCAUCAUUAUAUUUUGCUUCUUUUAGACAGAAAUACCAGUUCUCCAAUAUGAGUUUCCUUCCUGGAAAACUAGACAACUGAAUCAAUAUCAAUAAGGACUUGGGGUAGGUAAACAGAAGCUUCGGACAGGAAAAGUUAGUGGUUGCCUCUGUGACUACUUUGAUAAGAAAUCAAUCCAAAGACCUAGUCCUCAAUUUUAUUUUGUGGGUUUUGAAUUUUCCUAGAAUGAAAUGAAUGGAGUAAUAAGGAAAAAUAAAGCACAACCAUUGACUUGAAAAAAUAUUUGGAAAUAUAUUUCAUUUUCUAGGAGAAGCAGCUCAAUUCAUUGGUUGGAAAGUAGGAAAAAUUGAAGUUGUUAUUCACCGUAUGAGAAUAACUAUGAAAUGUAAUUUCCAUUUCACCCCAAGUGAUCUGCAUGCCCAGGACACAGUAAAAUGUUUGUGAGAUAGUGGUGUUGAGAGACACACUUGUGUUGAAAUCGAAGGCUGUAGGAAACACUGUGAAAAGUUCACAUUCAUCCGUUGUCCCUUCUCUGCCAUCUUGCAUGUAUUACUGGAUUCCCACAGUGAUAAAGACUGUGCAUGGUUUGUAUAUAUCAUUACGAUUUCCUGUUGAGGUUAAUUUGUGAUCAGAAUUGACCAGUGCAGGAAGUGUGAAAAUAAAGAACAUUCUCUUCUGUACCCCAACACCACUACUGACUGAGGUCUCUUGAGUGUGCUUGCCCCUUCUCUGGUAAUGGUGUAUGUUAGCCAUCACACCAGUGGUUAGUGAAAAUGCUCUUUUAUGUAUGUCCUCCUAGCAGGCAGAUGUGAAGAGGCGUUCACCCAGGAGACUGCUUGCUCCUGUGACUGUGCAAGGUCUGCAAGUCUUGCUGGGAGUGGCUGUGCCCAACCUUACAGUUGUGGCAAGAUCCAGCUGCGCCCAUCUUUUUAUCUCCAUCCUUUGAUGUUGGUAGCAUCCUCUACCAGUUUCAUUCCCAUGCCACAGAGCCGUGGGUCUGGGUAGUCCUGAAAACAAGAGGAAGACAGCCUGCAGUGAGUGACAUUGACUGUCCUCACGGUCUCAUGGGGAAAUAAGAAUCAAACAAACAGACCAACCUUUCCCUUGUUAUUUUUUAACUUUAAGAAAAAGAAAAAAAGGUGGAAACUAUCAUCAUGAACUGAAAAAUCUUGCAGUAGCAAGAGGUUUCAUUGUCUUAAAAAGAUGUGUAAUGUGGUUGAAGAUGAAAUCAUUCCUAAGUUAACCUUUUGUGUUAUUUUUUUUUGUUUUUUGUUUUGUUUUUUUUUUUUACAAAACACUGUAUAUUACGUUCCUGUGUGUUGAAUUUUUUAAAAAAAUACUUUACUUGGAUAUUCAUGUAAUAUAUAAAAGUUUGGUGAAAUGAACUUUACUUUAGUUAGAAAAAAAAAGCUGAACCAGCUUUCAUCUGUAUAAGUUAACACCAAUGUGUCAUAAUAUUCUUUAUUUUGGGAAAUUAGUGUAUUUUAUAAAAAUUUUAAAAAA